AUGCAACGAAUUAAGCCUCUCAUUCCUGUCGCUUUCCACCGAUGCUCCGACUUACAGAAAGCCAAGAACAAUCUUCGGAAUUAUGCAGCAACCGGAGGUGAUUUGUCGUUAGUGCGAGAAUAUGUAUUGAAUCCCUAUGUUUAUGAACCUCUCAUGAAAUUUGUUCCAAUGAAUGUCGCACCAAAUGUUAUUACUAUUGCUGGAUUUAUUUGUUUAUGGAUUUCUGUAAUUUUGACCUAUAUUCACUGCCCAACAUUUUCAGAGACAAUUCCGAAUUGGGUUUUCCUUGUGAACGCUGGUUGUCUCUUUGCCUAUCAAACAUUGGACAAUAUGGAUGGUAAACAAGCACGUAGGACAAAAACAAGCUCACCUUUAGGAGAACUUAUGGACCAUGGUGUUGACGCUGUGGCAACUACAUUGUGUGCCAUUUCUUGGAUUUGCGCCUGCAAACAAGGACCUACCAUCGUGUCAUACCUUAUUUGUUUGAUUGGUUAUGUUCCAUUUAUUUUUGCUACUUUAGAAGAGUAUUAUAUUGGAGGAUUAUAUUUAGGAAAAUUUAAUGGUCCAAUUGAGGGACUUUUAGGAUUUAUUGCCAUGCAAUUCCUUGGAGGAAUUUUUGGUCACAGUGUGUAUCAGACAAAGGUGUUUGGGCUUGUUCCUUUGUGGGCGUUUUUCUCUGGAUUGACAGCAUUCGGAUCAACUUACGCUUCUAUUGAGAAUAUUUUGAACAUUAGAGCAAAGAUUAAUGAUAAUAAGAAAUCGAAAUUGGAGAACAAGGACUCUGCUUUGGAUGAAGAACAAAAAUCUCCAUGCUUUGAAACCGAUUUUCUUAAGAGUCUGCUUCCAGCCAUUCCUUUCAUCAUUAUGCUUGGCUCGUUUUUCACUUUUAUCAACGUUGAUACAGAGACAGUCCAAAACUAUCCUUAUCUAACGCUGUUUAGUAUGGCCAUUGGGUUUGGAUAUUUGGCUAGCAAUCUCACUCUUGCAUUUCUUGUCAAGAAAUCUCUUGCAUUAUUCUCUGUCAUGUGUAUUCCUUCUGUACUUCUCCUUCUGAAUGCAUUGACAGGCCAUCAAAUUGCUUCAGGAUUCUAUGCUUUGCUCUUAUGUGCAGUUGCAACCUUUUCAAUUUAUGGAAACUACGUUGUUUCUGUUUGUGAUGAUAUCUGCAAUGCCCUGAAUAUUAAUGUCUUUUUCCUUCCUUCCAUCAAACGUGAAUAA